AUGAUAGAGCCAGUAAGGUUUCACCAGGUUGCUUUGUUCAGCUCACUGGCCUUCCUCCCAUCUCUUUGUAAGAAGAGGAGGCCACGGAUUUCGGCUCAACGCUACCAUGAUCCUCAGGGUGCUCCUCAUCCUCAGCUUCUUCCCUUUGGUUCAACUAACAGACAAGAUUUUGGUCAAACAGCCACCCUGGCUUAUAGCUGACAAUCAUGAAGCGGUAACCCUUGCCUGUAACUACACCUAUGAUAAAAUUCCAAGUGAAUUUCGAGCUUCACUCCAAAAGGGAACAAACAGUGCCCUUGAAGUCUGUUUUGUGUAUGUAAAUGGAACCCAUAAGCCCUUGCUUUCCUCAACUGAGGACUUCAGCUGCAAUGUGGAUUUUGAUAACAAAACAGUGAAGUUCCAACUCUGGAAUAUGAGUGUCAACCAAACGGAUAUUUACUUCUGUAAAAUCGAAUUCAUGUAUCCUCCUCCAUAUCUCUCCAACGAAAAGAUCAAUGGAACCAUCAUCUACGUGAAAGAGAAGGAGGUCUGUCCAACUCCUGGAACUCCUGAGUCUCCCAAGCCCUUUUGGGCAGUUGUUGCGGCUUUAUGUGUCCUUGCUUCCUAUAGCAUGUUAAUUACAGUGGCUUUUUUUAACUGCUGGUUGAAGAGCAAAAAGAACAGGAUUCUCCACAGUGACUACAUGAACAUGACUCCUCGGAGACCAGGACCAACCAAAAAACAUUAUCAACCUUAUGCCCCAACUAGGGACUAUGCUGCCUAUCGAUCCUGACACAGACGCCUAUCCAGAAGCAAGCCGGCUAACACCCCUACAUCUCCUCAACCCUAUUUGUCUGGAUAGGAAGUGAUCACCUCCCAUCACUAGCCGGUUAUAUUUGACCUUUUGCAGGCCACCAUGCCUCUUUCAUGCAGAGAAUAACCCAAAUAUUUAAGAUCAUUUUAUAAUGUUAUGAAAUAGGGUCUCCCAAAACAUUUUUUUUUCAGGAAUAGGCAAGUUCAUUUUUACCAAGCUUAUCAUUCCUAUUCAACCUUGACCUGAAUUAGCCGACCUGAUUGAAAAGUAUAGUGUUGGAGGAACCCAAGUCAAACGGAUUUUUAUGUGGUAUAUAUGUCUAGUCCCCCAAUUUGUCAAAAAAAGACUGGUUUAAUUCUAUUUCCUUCAUCCUUGCAUUAACCUAAAUGAAUAUAAGAUCUGCCUCAACCUAAAAAUUGUGUAAGUGCAAGAAUGGAAAGGUCCCUUUUGAAUGAGGGAAUUUGAUACUUUGAAUUUUUUUUUGUUUUAAUUAUGCUCUGCUCACAUAGAAAUCAUAUACUUUAUAUUUAAUAUUGUCAUUGUUAAUGUUUUAGUUUAGAAGAAUUGGUAGAUUUUUCUUAAGGAAAUCUGGCUCUACAAUGCUGGAAUGGUUAUUUUUUCAUAUUUCAACAUAGUUAAUGUAUCACAACAAAAAUCAAAACUAUCUGUUCAGAAGUUCAUUUCCCAUCAAAUUAUGUAGGGGUAAGUUGUAUAGAGAAAUUUUAUUUUUUUGGACUCUGAGAAUAGUUAGGCAAUUUGAUUAUGAGAUGAAAAUAAUAAGGUGGAUUUUGGGGAAGAACUGAGCUUAGAGAGAGGCAUCAGAUGUCCCAAAUGCCACUAUAUUUACUGUCAAUAAGACUGAAAAAGGUCUGCAUUCAUUAUGGAUUUCAGGUUUAGACAGUUAUUUUUGUAAUAUUGGAAACCUGAAAGAUGAAGCUUCUUGAAGAAGUAAAAUAAAUGAAUCUACUGUGAAAAAUUAUGUUAUCAUUCCACAUGGAUGAAAGAAAUUGGCUUAAAUGCGUCUUCUGGAGAAUAGAGAGAUGAAAAGCAAUGCGUGAAACUAAGAGUCUCAUUCCCAGCCCUGAGACCUCAGUCCUGGAAAGAUCAGCUGCCAUUGAAUUAAAAGCUAUGCCAAUGGAACACAACCUGUUUAGGUGACUUCAUUUCUGUGUCUGGUUUACAGACUCAGAACUGGUGUGCUGAACUAGCCCCAUUAUCAGUUCCUGGACAUCAGUGGAAACAGAGGGAGGAAUUUUCCAGACAUUUAUCACCGCCAAUGAGAUUGGACUAAGUAAAUAAGAGAUAUUACAGAAAGAAUUCUGGAAUGACAAUGGACAUUUUUUUCUGCCUCCAUCUCUGAUGAAUCUGUGAUGUACUCUCGGUUUGCUAAUGGACCGACUAUCAUUGACUCCACGACCUCAUCAGUGUUAUGAGCUACUAAUGAGUGUGAUGCAUUUUGCUAAAUUAUGGACUUCAUAAAACACAUGAACUGGGAAAAACAACUCAAGGAUUACCUUAACACAUCCUGAAAUGAGGAAGAGAGAAAAUGACACCCCUAAAAGAUGAUGUACUAAUACAUAAUGUGUAUUACUGAAUAACACACAUUAAAAUGUAAGAAAAAUGAUGUAAGGAGCUCUUACCAUGCUCUUAUUUCUUGAAAUCCCUUGUAGGGUAAUAAAAACACAGGGAAUUUUUUCUUUUUUUUUGCUUCUCAAUAUAUGGAGAAUAUUCAUUUUAAACUUGUGAUGAGGAAAGGGAAAUUUAGAUCUAAAUUUAGAAUAAAAUUAAUGGAAUUUGUAAUGUUUCUAUUCCAUUAAUUCAAUUAAGCUCGAGUAGAUCAACACCCAUUAACCUUGAACUGCAAAGGACAGUUGAAUUUAUGUUGGCAAGAAAGACCCAUUACCAGCAUUUUGGCAUACUGAGUUCUUCAUCAGCCCAAGCUAGCAGACUGCAUUUGUAAGCCAUUCAGCUGGAGACAUUUUCAAAAGGGCAUGGGUAGAAAAAAUACUACUGUUUAUGACCAAAGAUCAAUUCUUUCCACUUUUUCAUGACUGGAAAAGGUUUACUCAAGAUGACUCACACUUGAGAUUUUCUUACUUACCAUAAACAGGACUAAAACAGACAUAUUGCAUGAGGAAGUCCAUUUUCACUAUGAGUUUUCACAAAGAAAAGAAUUAAACAACAAUGUGAUAAAUCACGAUUUAAGGCCCUAGAUAUCAUAAAGGCAAAAAAAAAAUACCAAGAGCUGCUAACUUUGAUCAUAAAAAAUUAUAAUUUAUUAUAUUCUGACCAUUUGGGGAUAAAAGGGUCUCUUACCAAAUGAGAUGAAAUUUACUAUGGAUAAAUAUUUCACUUUGGUUAAAAAAAAUCAACUUCACAGUUACAAAAUGAGGAGCAUCCAGAUCUUGUCUUGUCUGAAAAACAUUUGAGAAUGUGUGAUAUGUCAUUUUAGAGGCUAAUGUAAUCUUAGACUGCAGUACUCUGCCCUGGUCAUCAGGAAUAUUGGGUCCAAUUGUGUGCCACAAUUUUGGAGGAAACUAAUAACUUAGAAAGUGUUAAAUCAGGAACAAUAAUUAUCAAUUAAUUAUUAAUUAUUAUUAUCAAGCUUUUGUUAUGUGCUAAGUGCUGUGGAAAUAAAUACAAAGAAAAAAGCAAUCCCUACUCACAA